ACUUAUGACACUUAUAUAAAUCAACCACAUUGGUUCUCACAUUAUUCUCCAGCUAAUCAUGAAACAUUCCCAAUUACAUGCUGUUUUGCUUUUGUCCAUCUUUGUGGGAAUUGGCUUAGCUUAUCCCACAAAGGAGCAGUUAAGGGAUAGGAUUACGAAGCUGCCAGGACAGCCAGAGAACGUGGUUCUUUCUCAGUACUCGGGAUAUGUGACUGUGAAUGAGGAAGCUGGGAGAGCAUUGUUUUAUUGGCUGGUAGAGACACAACCCAGUACUUCAAAGCCACUUGUUUUGUGGCUUAAUGGUGGCCCUGGAUGCUCCUCUAUUGCUUAUGGAGCAGCUGAAGAAAUUGGUCCUUUUCGAAUCAAUCCUGAUGGCAAAUCACUUUACUCCAAUCCUUAUGCUUGGAACAAAUUGGCAAAUAUACUCUUCCUCGAUUCUCCUGCUGGUGUUGGAUUUUCAUAUUCCAACACGACAUCAGAUCUGUAUACCGCAGGUGACCAAAAAACAGCUGAAGAUGCAUAUAUAUUCCUUGUUAAUUGGCUUGAAAGGUUUCCUCAGUACAAGCAUAGAGAUUUCUACAUUGCCGGAGAAAGUUAUGCAGGCCACUAUGUUCCUCAGUUGUCUCAAGUCAUUUAUCGCAAAAAUAAAGGAAUCGAGAACCCGGAUAUAAAUUUCAAGGGGUUUAUGGUUGGAAAUGCUGUGAUAGAUGAUUACCAUGACUACAUUGGAACAUUUGAGUACUGGUGGGUGAAUGGUUUGAUUUCAGAUGACACAUAUAAACUGCUGAGAAUUGCGUGUGAGUUUGAUUCUGCUCAGCAUCCACCACAGAAAUGUGUGGAAGCUUUUGAACUUGCAAGUGUUGAGCAGGGGAACAUUGAUCCAUAUAGCAUUUAUACCCCCGUCUGCAAUGCUACAGCUGCAACACUCAAACGCCGUUUAAGGAAUCGCUUAGGAAGGCUGUAUGGAGCAUACGAUCCUUGUACUGAGAGGUACUCUGAGGUGUAUUUCAAUCGUCCAGAAGUUCAGAAGGCUCUUCAUGCCAACGUAACUGCGAUUCCUUAUUCAUGGAUCGGAUGCAAUGAUAUCAUCGUGGAGAAUUGGGGUGAUUCUCCACUUUCUAUGCUUCCAAUAUAUCAAGAAAUUCUUGAUGGUGGCCUCAGGAUAUGGGUCUACAGUGGAGACACUGAUUCAGUGGUGCCUGUAACCGCGAGUCGGUAUUCAAUUGCUUCAUUGAACCUACCUACCAUCAUCAACUGGUACCCUUGGAAUGAUAACGGCGAGGUUGGUGGGUGGAGUCAAGUUUACAAGGGACUUACAUUGGUUGCAGUAAGAGGGGCAGGACAUGAGGUUCCACUUCAUAGACCUCGUCAAGCUUUUACCCUUUUCAAAUCAUUCCUCCAGAACAAGAACCUGCCAUUUUCAACUCAAUCGCUCAACCCUCAUAAACUUAGAUCAAUUAGGCCCAAAACAAAGAUCACUAUGCCAUCUUCCAUGCAGGACCCUCCUAUUUAGAGUUCUGUAUUUCCUAUUAUGUAAUAAAACACUCCUUCUAUCAAGGGGAUCGAUCACUUCAUUAAGUAAUAAAAUUAUAACAUCUUAUUACUAUUCA